AUGGGUGGAAAUAGCAGUAAAUCCGAGGAUAAAUCAUCUCCUCCAAAACAGGAUAGAUAUCGAAAGAGAGAAAGUGAUGGAAACACUGCCAGAACAAUUCAGGUUAAACCUCAGACAAUACAUAGACCUAGGGUAAAACCCCUGCCCCCAAAGACCACACGAAAAGAUAUUUUCAACAAGGAUUUGCUCCGGGAGGCAACCAAAAAUGCUCAUCAACAGGUUUCUACAAAAGAACUGGGAUCCUAUCAAUCCCUCGCAGAAAGUCUUACCAAAGGACUAAAGAAUGACAUGGAGAAAGCAUGGACCCUCUACCUCUGGGUUAUUAACUUGGACCUCAGUAGCCAAGAGUUUUCCAAAGCUGGCGCAAAGAACACGCCAAAAGGAGAUCUUAGGGACAUUACAAAUGGAAAAUCUCAUAUUGCUGACUUUUUCACGACUUUAUGCAGAUGUGUUGAUUUAAAGUGUGUAACCAUUGAAGGACUUAAGAAAGAUGACAACUUUGAAAUUGGCUGGGCAGAGAAAAAACUAGUCAAAGGAAAAUGGAACGCCGUGUUCGUAAAAGAAGAAUGGAGAUUUGUCCAGCUGGAGUUUGGAAUUUCUACUAACUCUAAGUGGAAAUCUUUAUAUUUUUUCAUUGAUCCCGAAGACUUAAUACAGUGGUGUCUUCCCAAAGAACAGGAAUGGCAGUUGUUGUAUACCCCAGUCACAAAGCACGAUUUUCUCUCUAGGCCAAACUGUAGACGAAAAUGUUUCGAAAUGGGGGUCAAAGUCGUUCAACCUACACUUGGAAAAUUGAAAGUUGAUCAGGGAAGAAUAAGUGUGGAAGUGUUUAUUGACAAAAAACAUUCACAGGAUACUGUUCUUAAUUAUAAAUUAAUUAGCAAAAAGGCAAAAAAUGAAAACGUGGAAACUGACACGCCGAGAAGCAUAGGCAAUACAACUACUAGAUCAGGUGGAGAACUGACACAAAGAAGUUCUAAAGAGAAAGAUGAAAUCCGAACUAUAGAACGUAUGGAUAAAACAGAGACUGAACAAAAUGAUAGCUCAAAUUCACAGUCUCCAUCAGAUCUUAGGAAAUAUGUAUUUAUGAGUCGUGCUGAUUCGCGAGUUGUGUUUGACGUGGAGUUUCCAGUUCCAGGGACGUAUGUCCUUGACAUUGAAGGACGAACUUUGAGUGAGAAAGGAGGCCAUAAUACCGAGUCCCUGCUAUGUCAAUUUAAGUUUUCUUGUAAUAAAUGUUCCUCACAAGAUGAACGUUUCCCAUUACCAGAUACUCCUGAGAUAGGUUGGGGGCCAACACCUCACUGCAUGAGAUACGGUGUCAGACCUGCAUCUCAUGGGUAUGGACAUAUUUACAUUUCACCCAAAGAAACUGUGAAAAUUCGAUUUGAUUACAACGGAAAAUACGAGUUUAAAACGAAUAUAAUGAGUAUGAAAUCUUCAAUUAAUACAGAAAAAAUGUCUACAUGCACGAUAUCUCCAAAUAAACUCACAGUUGAGGUCAAUAUUCCUGAUGAAGGAUAUUAUACCUUGAAGCUUUUUGCCAAAAAAGGAAAUGAUAGUGAAUUUAUCAACGUUAUAAACUAUAUGCUUAUAUAUGACCAGAAAAAUGUCGAGAAGUAUGAUAAGCGAAUGAUGCGCGAAAGGUUGUCAAAAGCAACAGAGAAUGGAACGGAAGUAGAAGUGGAUGAAGCGUUGAGGAAUUUUGAAUUUUACAAAGUCCCUGACCAUGGAGAAAUACAAAAAGCAAAGCGGAAAUUGAAAUAUUUUAAGGCUAAAAGAGAAUUAACAGAUGCUAUGCAGCGAAGGAAUGUGAAAGUUUUAGAGGCUGCAAUUGAAAAUGCGAAGAACUCUUCCAACGUGGAUAAAAUGAGGAACGAUAUCAAAAAGGCUGAAGUUCUACUUGCCAGGUUGAAAAAGCUGGAAGGAUUUAUCCAUCCAAUUACAAAAAUUGAAAGCGACACUUUGUUGGAAGUACGACGGUACACCAAUCCCAGACCAGCUAUAAGAGAUGUCUUAAUAGCCACGUAUAUUCUACUUGGACACGACAUAGAGGAUGCUCAGAAAUGGGAGUACGUACAGACACAGCUAACUAAGUCAGGACGAGAUAGUCUUCAGUCAUUGGUGCUUCACUGUGACACGGAUUCUGUGCCUAGAGGCAGAGCAGAAUACGCUGACCCGUUCCUGAAACCGUUAGACCUGAAAGCCGUUCGAGAAGCCAGCAACGAGGCAGCAGUGCUUUAUCAAUGGGCUUCCCAUGUUAUUGAAGUCAAAUUAAAGGAAACAGAAAAAGAACCUGAAAAGCAGAUCGAGGAACCAGAACGUGAAAGUAUAGAAAAUGUAUCUGAACCUGAAGUCAAAAUUAACUCUAAAAGGCAAUCGGUUACAUCUCGAACGUCAUCUCUAAGAUCUGUCCGACCCAAGAUUGACUCUAUACGGAAGAAGGAUGAUAAGGCAAUAAUUCCGAAAAAGUUCAAAGGUCAAACGGAAGCUGUUAGAUCGUCCUCUGAACGUUUCCAGUGGCCAAAACGUUAAUGUAGGAAAACCCUCGAUAUUGUCGGAAAAAAUAGUCAUGAGUUACAUAAAUGUAUAAAGAUCUUCUUCAGUUUGAUGUGUA